CACAGCAGAAGUUGAGAGCGCGCCGCUCCGGAUCUAUUCUGGAGGUUUCGCUGUUCUAAUCACACACGCGAUCGUUCUGAGAGGAUCCGUCUGAGAAUUCUGCUAUGAACCGGGUGCGUCAGAAAGCGUGAUUGAUCAUUGACGAGCGAUUGAAUGACUGAAACAUUUGUCCACCUGCAGCUGGAGACGCCGGUGCGCUGAGUGCGUCUUGCGGGUUUUGCGCUUUUACGCAUCGGCUGGAUUUGCGCACAGGAGGGAUGUUGAAGACACCUGUCGUGAUUUUCACUUCUUUAUCGCUUCUAUUGUCGCUGUCAUGUGCUGGAGAUGUAAAUUCGCGCAGCUGCAGCGAUGUUCGCCAGGCGUUCACAACCAAAGGCUUAAGUCUCCAUAAUGUGCCACAUCAGGAGAUAUCAGGUGAACAACUGCGGGUUUGUUCCCAAGGCUACACAUGCUGCACUUCAGACAUGGAGGACAGGCUUGGCCAGCAGAGUAAACUGGAUUUUGAGAAAUUAGUGGAUGAGAACAGCCUCAACAUACGGACGAUAUUUACCUCCAGACAUAAAAAGUUUGACGAAUUCUUUCUGGAGUUGCUGGACAACUCGGAGAAGUCACUAAAUGCCAUGUUUGUGCGCACAUAUGGCAAACUGUACACGCACAACUCAGAGAUUUUUGAGGACCUGUUCUCAGAGCUCAAGCGUUACUACACCGGCGGUAACGUCAUCCUGGAGGAAGUGCUGAAUGACUUCUGGUCGAGACUUCUGGAGCGCAUGUUUCAGCUGCUGAACUCUCAGCACACCUUUACUGAUGACUAUCUGGAGUGUAUCAGCAAAUACACUGACCAGUUAAAGCCCUUUGGAGAUGUUCCGCGCAAGCUCAAGGCUCAGGUCACCAAGGCCUUCAUUGCGGCUCGCUCGUUCGUUCAAGGACUCAUGGUGGGUCGGGAAGUGGCCAAUAGAGUGGCAAAGGUCAAUAUAUCUCCAGCCUGCAGUAAAGCAUUGACCAAAAUGCUGUACUGUCCAUACUGUGGAGGACUGCCAGGCCUCAAACCCUGUGCCAACUACUGUCAAAAUGUCAUGCGGGGCUGCCUGGCCAACCAAGCGGACCUGGACCCUGAGUGGAACCUCUUCAUCGAUGCCAUGCUGCUGGUGGCUGACAGACUGGAGGGACCCUUCAACAUCGAGACCGUCAUGGAGCCGAUAGACGUGAAGAUCUCAGAGGCCAUCAUGGCCAUGCAGGACAACAGCAUGCAAGUUUCAUCCAAGGUAUUUCAGGGAUGUGGUCAUCCCAAACCAGCUGGAGUUGGCCGAUCUGCCCGCGGGAUCUCAGAUGUAUUCAACAGUCGCUUCAGACCCUACAGCCCAGAAGAGAGGCCGACCACAGCAGCUGGCACCAGCUUAGACAGACUGGUGAUCGACAUUAAGGAGAAGCUGAAGGAGUCGAAGAAAUUCUGGUCAUCACUGCCAGACAGUAUCUGCACAGAGGACGAAGUGGCUGACCCAGAUGAGGAGCAGUGCUGGAACAGUCACACAAAGGGAAGAUAUUUCCCUGAAGUUGUAAAAGAUGGCCUUACGAACCAGCUCAAUAACCCAGAGGUGGAAGUGGACAUCACUAGACCAGACACCUUCAUCAGACAGCAGAUCAUGACCCUGCGAGUGAUGACCAACAAGCUGCGAAACGCCUACAAUGGCAAAGACGUCUACUUCCAAGACUCCAGUGAUGAGGAGAGUGGCUCAGGCAGUGGAAGUGGCUUCACGACUGAGCCUGAAGUGGUCCACACGGAGCCCCCGAUGCUGGAAGCAGACAAAAGCGACCCACAACCACCAACUGAUGAGGCGGCCCAUCAGCAAAAGCCUAUGUUGCAGUUACUAGCGGCAGUAACGGCCCUCACAUGGCUGCUGCUGUGGCUGAGAUAAUGGCAGUAGGCGGCAAGCAGCCACACGGACGUUUGAGACAGACGCAGUGUCGCUCGCGCUCUUAGCCUUUCCAUAACUGGACUGGACGUUUCCAAAAAAAUAAAUAAAAUGGUAAUAAAAAAUAUCAAGAAAUAACCCAUGAAAAAGGAGAGCAAGCUAAAUAGCUAGGUGUGAGGAGAAGGAAGAGCGAGCAAAGACCUUUGCAUCCUGCUUGUUCCAAAGAAUGCUUGGUGCAAUCAGAAGCAGCUUCUCUUUUGGCCUCUCAUUUCUAAAUGAAUUUAAGAGAAAAACAAACUUUUCGGGGUGAAAAGUAGUCACCAUGCAAAUGGGAUUGCUUUACUUUUUUGGAAGAGAAUGGGAAAAUAUGAAAAUCUAUAUUUUUGCUUUCCUUUUAUACUGCAUAAAUGAGACGCCAAAGUACGCUCUGGUGGGUUUUUUUCUGUUUUGUUUUUUCUUAAUGUUUCACCCCUCCUAAAUAAUUGUACGAUAAAAAAAAAGAAAAAAAAGAGACGUUAUAAAGAAAAAGAAACAAUAAAAAACUAUAUAAAUCACGUUGUUUAUGUACCACUGUGAGAAUGCAUGGGAAGGUCCCGAGUAAAUGUUUUUUCAGUAACACUUAAUUGAUUUUCACACAAUUGUAAAGCUUUAUAAUUAUUUUUUUUUCCGUUUGUUUCUUUUCAUUAUUUUAUUUAUUUAUUUUAAUUGUUUUGCUAGGCUUAUGGAAAUUUAAGGUAAUUUUUGUAAGAUUUUGUAAGAUGGUUUUAGGUGAUCGUGAAGGUCAGGUUUUACAGAGGACUGCUCCUGCUUAAUUCGAAAUAAAUUAUCCUAAUUUUAAUAUAUAAAAUGUUUUCUUACAGAGAAAGAUUUAUUUAUAUUUCUAAUAUAAUUAUAUAUUUUGGCUUUACCAGUUAGCAUCUUUUAUUCAAAAGCGCAUAUCUAACAAAAUCUAACAAAAUUUAGCUCUUUGCGGAGGAAAUUCAUUAAUUUACUUUACAAAUAUUAGUUAUUUGUAGUUUAUACAUCUCAUUGUAAUCAAUUAUGUAUGCAUAACACUCAUUUACUCAUCAACAUUUAUUUUUAUUUUUUUUCUUUAUAUGUAGCUUAACAUAUCAGCGUUUCGUUUAUAAACAUUUAUGUGUACAUUUGUAAAAUUACUUUGUUUUGAAUCAACAGGCCUCAUUCAUGAAACUACAGCAGAUUAAAUCUGCAUGUAAAUAAGCAAUGUAUAAAUACAUCUAUUUUAUAUAAUGAUGUCGACAAAAUUAUUCUUUUUAUUUGCAUUAUGAACAGAUUUGGGGAAAAAAAAUGCACUACAUCAUUUUCGCUCAACAGUGGAUACUUUGCACUGAAUGGGUGCCGUCACAAUGAGAGUCCAAAACAGCUGAUAAAAAAAAAAAAAAAAACCUUCAUAAUAGUCCAAUACAUUAGUCUUGAUGAAUUUGUUUCAAACACACAAUCUUUGGUUUCAUAAGAUGUUAAUUGUUGGUCUGGAGUCAUGUGGAUUACUAGUUGAUUAUUGUGAUGUUUUUAUCAGUUGUUUGGACUCUCCAUCUGACGGCACCCAUUCACUGCAGAGGAUCCAUUGG